AAAGUGUGUUCUCGGAUCAAUCUCGGAUGUGUACGAUCUAUACGUUCGCUGACUAAUCAGCACCUUUGUCCAUCCUCGCUCGACGAUGGCCCCGCGUGCAGCAGGUGCAGGAGCACGGCCUAUUACGAGGAAAAGAAACAGGAAACGGAAACGGCGCAUUGCGUCUUCCUCAUCUGAGUCGUCCUCGUCGGACGAUUCUUCCUCUGAUGACUCGGUGACGUCCAUUCUGCAGACCAAGGCAUGUGCACAGAAGAACCCAGAACCAAGCGUUCCUAGUGGGGAAGACGACCCUUCAUCAUCGUCAUUGUCAUCAUCAGAUGACGACUCAGAAGCGGAUAAUGAGAUACCUGGAAAGCCAGCCUCACCCCAACCUGGUGUUACGGGGCCAUCAACUGAAAAGUCCGCGUCACCGACACGAAACUCUCCUUCUCCACCUCCCCCAUCUACCAUCACCAUCCCACCCUUCAUUAACCCUGAUUCGCCCCCCGAAGACGAGCUAGCUCUCAAGGAAAAGUUCCGUAAGUUCUGGAUGGCAUCUUUGGCAGAAGGGUUCAAGGACGAUCUGGAAGUAAUACGCAAGGAACCCAAUCUUGGUCAGUCACGCCUGGCCCUUUUGAUCGAGUCUCUUGCGGCUGGGGCCGACGUGUUCUCAUCCACAUCGACCAAUGGAAACGUGAACGAGAUGGAGGUUGUCGUGGAUGAGCUUUCAUAGGAUUUCCUGUCACUGAUACUCGUGCUACGAGCUGGUCCCUGGUAAAAAAAAAAGAGUACUAUUCUAUCGAGAUAGCUCGUAUCCGUUGUGUGAAAAAUGCGAACUGUGUUAUAUUCGACUGCGCGCUGGAAUUUAUGCCAGUUAUUAGUACUAGGUUCAAACAUGUACUGAAGUGGCUCAGCGACAAAGUUCGG